AAAUGCACUGAUGAAUAUCUGCCCAUGCAAUAAAGGGCACCUGCAAGCCCCCAGACGAAGCACUUUAUUCACGCUCAGUCCGCGAGAAGUUCCGUUAGUUCCGGGUGACUCGUCGAUGCCUCCAUGGCAACGAUGCUGUUUACCAGUCUUGAAAUGGAUAAUGGGGAAAAUCUCUGGGACUCCCUGGAAUCAGAUACUGAGAGCCUUGCCCAGGAGAAGCAAAGACGGAAAUUUCAGAAUGAUAGAAUUCAGGGUCUAGAUGUGGAGGAGAACCUCAUCUGCACACAGCAAGCUGGUGAUGGUGGCGAUGGGGAGGAAGAAGAUGAGGACGAUGACUAUAUAUAUGAUAGCCUAGAUAUGGCAGUUAGGAAGGACAACAAUGCUGCAAUCCAUCAGGUACAGCAGACAGAAGGUGGUAAUGAAAGACAGAACAAUCUCAAAGACGAAUAUGCAGAUCUGAGAUAUGACCCCAACUGGAGGACCAACUUCGGGGGAGCUGAGUUCUUUGAAGAGGGGAACCAGCAUUUUCUGUUGGGAAAGGAAUCUCAUCUGGGCGAGGUGUCUGAAGGAGAGCCUUGGGAGAUGAGAAAAAGUGUCAGGACGGUAGAGAAGAAAGGUAUGUCUAUCAGUGGACGUGUUCCCAUAGUGGCCUUCAAGACUGAGAAGGCAGGAGAAUCUUUGUCAGCCAAAUCAAAGAUUCCCACAACUCCUUACCAUCUUCUGGAGCAACAGUGCUUAGGGACUCAACCAAAACUGCUGUCACCUGGACACCAAUGGUUUUCUGAAACUUUGGACCAAGAAAUCAGUGACUGCAACAGCGGCAGCUGGUAUCUUGUAAAAAACCAAAAGCCUUCGGAUGCAGAACAGGUUUAUUUCUCUAAACCACAUGUGACUGUUGAAAACAGUAAUGAAGGACGUCCAGGGAGGUACGAAUCCUGUAAACAAAACUGUACACAAACCAGCGAGAGAACCAAGAUGAUGAGGAACGGCAUUCUACCCAAUCUUAAGCACUCCCAACAGUCAUCGACUAUGAAGGAACCAGCAGCAAAGCAGGACAUUGUGGAGAAGAACAAGAGGACCCUGGGGGUCAGUGCAGCCCAGCAGGGGUCGUAUCUUUGGACACACAAGCAAAGAGGAGGGAAGGGUUAUGACAAGCAGAAGGUAUCAGAACCUGCUGAAGACGUUUCCAGUAUUGCCAGUCAGGGGAGCAGAGGAAAUGUCAUUGACGCUGAACACAGGUGGCAACAGCAAGCCCAGGAGCUGAAGUGUUUCAACAACAAAAAUGUCCUGAAGUCCGAAAGACAGGCCCAUAGUGGCCGGCCAGAGAAAGUAGGUGUUCUAAGACCCCCAGCAGUUGGGGACAGGCAGAACGUACAUGACGGUCCAGAGUCCUCCGGCCCUGGCCAUAUUCCCACGACCCGAGAGCACUCCCAAGGCCAUGCAGAGGUUCUGGUCAUUGAUGACGGGGAUUCCAGCAGCAUGUCGGGUGUUUCCUGGCUCUCCACACCACCGGUAGACAGGAGGAUUCCCAGCAUCAAUCGGAACGUUGGCCUCAAGGUGCCUGCUGAUGUCAUGCCAUUCCUAAACCACGGUCCCCCGCAGGCUGGUACUGGCCCCUUUAUCCCUUGGGGCCCCACUUGGGCCCCUCCCUGGGCGGACGGUCCGGGCAUCUAUCACCUGCAUCUGGUGAACGCACGUUUUGCUGACCAGCCAAGCUCUCCUCAGAUGGUUCCUCACUAUACCCCCAAACUACUAGCUCAUUCUUCACGUGCAACGCUGCCACCACCUGCUCCCACCCUUGACCGAGCUUCCGUCCAGCACAGGUUGGGAAGGCAUUUUCCACAUCAGGACAGUGGUGGAACUGAACACUGUGGAACAGUAUUGUUUGUGAAUCAAGAUGCUUCCGCUGCCAAGAAGACAGAUCUCAGCAGGGCAAGGAUAUUGCCCACAAAGCAGUCAGUCACUCAGGAAAGCCGUCAAGAUGACCCAGGAGAUCAGUAUACCACUCUUCAAUAUGAACGGAACUGUGGGCCCAACACCAGACACACACCUGCGGACACAGGGCCCUACCUGGUGCUGCCCCCUAUAGGACAGCCAGCAGGGGGCGACUCUGAGCACUUUAACACAAUACGCAGGAGUAGCUCUGAGGGCUACCUUGCACAGAUGGAGAAACAAAAGAAACUGAAAGAAAGAAUGGGAUACAAGGCCUAUACUCUGAAAGACUAUAAAAGCCUCCAGAAGGAUAUUAAUCUUGGAGGACUGGGACCGAAUUAUAAAUUAGCAGAAAUUACAGUGGAGAAAAUGCAACGACAGAGGUUAUAUUCAAAUGCCGUCCGUGAACAGAACAGGGAGAUGAGCAGGAACCUGGCUCUGCUGGCUAAACCCUCUGUGGGCAGAGAGAACAAGGAUCUGCUUCCCAGAAGGAAGCCCAGAGACAUGCAGUUACCUGUACGUGCCCAGGGGUGGACUGCAGCCUUGUGCCCUACUCUCCCUGAGAAAAUGUACAGGGGGGUAUUUUACAAGGAGAAUUUGCUAGUUAACUGGAUAACAUAAGCCAAAGAUGGAAAGUGUGCAACAGGAGGGCAGCAAAGUUAAGUUACAUUUGGCUUAAGUUAUCUGGCUAAUGAAAAAAUCCUGCUUCGUGGAACACCCCCCCCCCGCAAGGAUCCUGCUAACCACGAUAAGUGCUUUGAAGAUGCAUGUUAGCCAUUAAAACAGUAGGUGGCGUAAUGACCACAGGUUCACAGCCAGCCUGAUAAUUCUCAGAAGAAACGUCACCUACUUGUGCACCUGAGGUGCUGUCCUUUCUCACCCGCCAGAAGAUCCGCGUGGCUCUGAAUCACAUUUGCGAUUUUACAGGACAUUAAGAUUUUUUUCCCUAGUUCAAAGAUAUCGGAAGCGCUUGGGGAUAAAAGGUCACGCUGGCUUGAGAUGAAUAGCCAGUGGUUCUGUGUGCCAGUCCAGGUCCACUGCACUCAUCUUUUCACUCUGCACACACCUGGCUUUGCUGCUGAUCUAAAAUAAUCGACAGUCUUUGGGCAGCUUCUGAUUUUACGUCUGAAUGUCCCUUUUCAUGACCCCCUCUCAUGUCAAAAUAAAAAUAGGUCAAACAAUAAUGACAUUUUGAAUACAUUCAGAUUAGAUCCUACAAACUUGUUUUCUGUAUUUUAAAGUGAUAAUUUCCCCCCCAUAAAACAAUCUCGAGCACCUAUUUCUUUAAUGGAACCUUUAGAUGAUUAUCAAAGAGCUAUUUACUCAUAUAUAAUAUUUUAAUUAGAUUAUAGUCUCUAUUUAACCCAUCAUGGGUUCUUUGAAGCUCUCUGUUUUUAGUGUUAAGCUUCACAUGCGAAGGGUAAUAAAUUCCGGACCUUUUGAAUUAAUGAGAAAUGCUGCCUUUCCAGGCCAAGUCUCUUUAUAUCUUUUUUAUUUUUUCCACUGGCAUAGAAUUCAGUUAAUUGAAGGAGUCUAUCACCACCACACAUGAAGGAGGGCGAAUUAGCAUCCCUUUUACCGAUUGGAAAGCCCGGCAGACGCGCUAGCUUUGAUCAGAGGACGACAGUGAAGUAGACGGCAGCUCCCUGAAAAUGACCUGAUGGCCUGGCUAUUAGCUGAAAAUGCAGAUGCGUCCAUGUGUUGCAAAAUGCUUAAUCUUUUAAUUGAUCACCUUUCACGCUACCUAUUCUCUGCGCGCUUUUUAUUUUGUCAGUUAAUCAGAAUCACAUUUUGAAAUUGGAUGAAUUGCUUUUCAAAGGGAAAUGCGCUGAAUGUCCUAAUUGAAAGAGAGAGAGAAAGAGAGAGAGAGAAAGAGAGAGAGAGAGAGGGACAGAACAGACUUAUUAAUGUAAACCUCCCAAAUUAAUGUAACAACCUCCUGGUACAUAUUUAAAUGACUAAAGUCCUGUAAUGACCGCUAGUUAUGACCAUGACCCGCGUUGUGUGCAUAUGUGUUUAAAGGGGCUUUUAAAAAGAAACGCGAAGUGUACACCUAACACCGCCGAUCACCUUUUGAUGUCCGGGCUAAAUACUAAUGCAAAUGUUUUCCUUUGGUUGCAAAAGGAAUAUAUGCAAUUCAUUAGCAAAUUUGAGGGACAUUAUUGAACCCUUUUUCUACCGCGUAUAACGAAACAAUGUAAGACUAAAUAAAUACAUUUUAAAAAUCGGCAAACACAGCCGUAAGUUUUAAAAGGUGUCAUACUCGUCCUUUAUUCUUUUCAAAGUGGACAAGCACGCACGUGCAGCUACCGACGUCUGUGGCGGAAAAGUCAAAUAUGAUUUGUGUAUUAAAUCUUGAUUUGUUUUAAUUAAAAAUGCAUGCUAAAUGUAAACUAUUGUGUAAAAUGCAAUUUUUACUUGUCGAUACUAAUGAAUAUUACCAUGAUUCAAAAAUGUGACAGGUUUUUUUACUUAAAUACUUUAUAUUCAAAGUUGUGUGCAAAGGUGUAAGAGAAGAUCAUCUCUGGAUGUGAACCUGUGGUGUGUUGUCUAUAUAGCUUGAUAAAUAUCAUUAGAGGAUGCUUACAAGUUGCUUCAUUUGAUACCGGUCCAAAAAUGUAUCACUCUUACUAAGAUUAAUUAAGAAACA